GGGUACAUGGAAAACUCCAUUUCCUACAGUGCUAUUGAAGAUGUUCAACUGCUCUCCUGGGAGAAUGCCCCUAAGUACUGUUUACAGCUCACAAUCCCAGGGGGUACUGUCUUACUGCAGGCUGCAAACAGUUACCUGAGGGAUCAGUGGUUCCAUUCUUUGCAGUGGAAGAAAAAGAUUUACAAGUACAAGAAGGUGCUCAGUAACCCCAGCCGCUGGGAGGUGGUGUUGAAGGAGAUCAGGACGCUGGUGGACAUGGCGCUGACGUCUCCGCUUCAGGAUGACUCCAUUCACCAAGCACCACUGGAGAUUGUCUCAAAACUGCUCUCAGAGAACAACAACUUAACCACUCAAGACCACGAGAGCAUUAUUGUGGCAAUUGCACCUUUGCUGGAAAACAACCAUCCUCCUCCUGACCUCUGUGAAUUCUUCUGCAAGCACUGCCGAGAGCGCCCGCGGUCCAUGGUUGUCAUAGAAGUGUUCACCCCAGUGGUACAGAGGAUUCUCAAACACAACAUGGAUUUUGGGAAGUGUCCUCGGUUGCGGCUGUUUACUCAGGAGUAUAUUCUGGCUUUGAAUGAGCUGAAUGCUGGAAUGGAGGUGGUGAAGAAGUUUAUUCAUAGCAUGCAUGGUCCAACUGGACAAUGCCCCCAUCCCAGGGUCCUGCCAAAUCUUGUAGCUGUCUGCUUAGCAGCCAUUUAUUCGUGUUACGAGGAGUUUAUCAACAGUCGAGACAAUUCGCCAAGCCUGAAGGAAAUUCGGAAUGGCUGCCAGCAGCAGUGUGACCGAAAGCCUAAUCUCCCCCUCCGCCUUCUUCACACAAGUCCUGACCUGGUCUCUCAAGAGGCCACCUUGACUGAAUCCCGUCUCAAGCCAGUUAUUGUCACUUCAAACGAGAUCCACGUGGAAGUGGAGCGCAACAACACCGCUAAUCAGAAGAUGACAGCCAACGUCGGCAAUGACAGCGAGCCCAACCUGAUUGACUGCUUGAUGGUCAGUCCUACCUGCAGCACCAUGAGCAUUGAGCUGAGUGCCCAGGCAGACAGGAUCCUUGCCUGUUAUGUUGAAAUACUCAAGAUGCUGUCAGACUAUGAUGACUGGAGACCAGCCUUGGCCAGCUUGCUUCAGCCCAUCCCAUUUCCCAAGGAGGCUCUUGCACAUGAGAAAUUCACAAAGGAGCUGAAAUACGUAAUUCAGAGAUUUGCAGAAGACCCGAGGCAAGAAGUCCACUCGUGUUUGCUGAGUGUGCGGGCUGGCAAAGAUGGCUGGUUCCAGCUCUACAGCCCUGGAGGAGUGGCAUGUGAUGAUGAUGGAGAGCUGUUUGCCAGUAUGGUACGUGUCUGCAAUAAUGUUCAUAUUUUAAUGGGAUCCUGCUAUAAAACAAAGAAGUUCCUGCUUUCACUGGCUGAAAAUAAAUUAGGACCUUGCAUGCUACUGGCUUUGAGGGGUAACCAGACAAUGGUAGAGAUUUUGUGUUUGAUGCUGGAAUACAACAUCAUCGAUAAUAACGACACCCAGCUCCAGAUCAUCUCUACCCUGGAAAGCACAGACGUGGGAAAGAGAAUGUAUGAACAGCUGUGUGACAGGCAGAGGGAGUUAAAAGAGCUGCAACGAAAAGGUGGUCCCACAAGGUUAACACUGCCAUCCAAGUCCACAGAUGCGGACCUGGCCCGCUUGCUAAGCUCGGGAUCUUUUGGAAAUUUGGAAAACCUCAGCCUGGCCUUUACCAAUGUGACAAGCGCUUGUGCUGAGCACCUCAUUAAACUGCCUUCACUCAAGCAGCUGAACCUGUGGUCAACUCAGUUCGGAGAUGCAGGGUUGCGGCUUCUGUCGGAGCACCUCACCAUGCUGCAAGUGCUCAACCUGUGCGAGACUCCCGUCACGGACGCUGGGCUGCUGGCACUUAGCUCCAUGAAGAGCCUGUGUAGUUUAAAUAUGAACAGUACCAAACUUUCAGCAGAUACCUACGAAGAUCUCAAGGCUAAGCUACCCAAUCUGAAAGAAGUGGACGUCCGCUACACUGAAGCAUGGUGAACUCUCCCUGCUCUGACUCUUCUCUUUUCCUUCUCGUGAGAAGGAAAAGAUUUUUAAAACAACCAGAGGAAAACAAACCGGAGAAUAACUUUUGGCUAAUACCUGUAGAGCAGUGAGUUCUGGGACUUGGUGGUAGGAGUCGUGGUUGUGGGGUAGAGGAGGGGCGUUGCGUGUGUCGGGGGGGACGGGGCAAGCCUGGACCCGGCCGGAUUCUUUCAGCUUUGUGAUUUCGGAAUUGACAUAAUUUAAAUUGAAAAGGAGAAAACAAAAAAAAAAAAAAGAAAAAAAAAAAGGA